GCUAUGGUGACGACGCUCUCCCCGUAAACGGUGGCACGUCCGUAAGAGCUGCUACUUCCACAUUUAAUGACGUUUAAAGCUCGGGGAGAUGAUAGGAAACUGACACAGCCACCCCUCUCUUUAACCCAGCGGAGGCGAACCCCUGACAGCAGCAUCCUUGACAUGCCCCACAAGGCGGACUGCGCUUAGCCGGUGUGGCUAGUCUGUUUAUCCACAUUUCCCGAUAUUUUAGAAGAUAUUCGACGGCCGAGUAUUUUUAGCUGUAAGAUAAAGAAGGUCAAGUCGAGAAUUAAGUCUCUGGAUGAAGAUUAACGUUAAAACAAUGAUCCUCUGGCAGCUACCGCCAGGACCAGCGGAGGCUUCAUUUCGGGGUGCUGUCCGCAAUGCAGGUUGCGAGGCCAGUUGUGUGUCCGAACAAAAUCCACCAUGGCGUCAGCAAAUGUAACAAUGGAAAAUCAGUUGCAGAGUGCACAGAAAAACCUGCUCUUCCUCCAGCAGGACCACGCCAACACGCUAAAGGGGCUGCAUGCAGAGAUCCGCAGAUUACAGCAGCAGUGCACAGACCUGACGUAUGAGCUCACUAUCAGAAGCUCCGAUCCCUCAGACAGCAGCGAGGCCCGAUGCAGGGAGCUGCAAAGGAGGUGUGAGGAGCUGGAGGCCCAGUUGAAGAAGAAAGAGGAGGAGAACACAGAGCUUCUCAGGGACCUGGAGCAAAAGAACGCCAUGAUUUCUGUCCUGGAAAACACCAUCAAAGAGAGAGAAAAGAAGUACCUGGAGGAGCUUAAGAUGAAGAGCCAUAAACUGGCUGUUUUGUCUGGGGAGUUAGAGCAGAGAGCCAGUACCAUUGCUUACCUUACCUCACAACUACACGCCACUAAGAAAAAGCUGUUAGCCAGCAGUUCCUCUGAGGCCAGCCCUAACGCCAGUCCUGUCACCUCGUAUAAGCCCACGCCUCCACCGGCCAAGGACAGGCAGCCUGAAACCCCACGUCGCCGCAUGAAGAAGAGCCUCUCCCAGCCUCUACAUCCAGAGUUGACAGAGGUGUAUCGCCUUGGAGCGGACGGUAGACGGAUGGUGCUGCGGGAGACAGUGGAUGCCAUGCCUGACCCAACACCCUUCUUGCAGGCAGGCAGAGAGUCUCCUGAACCACAGGUAGUUCGUGAGCGGCCUGCUGUCAUCCCUCCCAUUGCCCCUGAGCGCUCACAUGCUACUCCACUGGGCGCUACGGCAAGUCCGCGACACAGCCCCGCACGGGACCGUCAGUACAGGGCUCACGUGGGCGUGGCACACCGCAUUCCACAUGGCACUCCUCCCCUGGCUCCGCCACAGGCGGACGUGGAGACUCUGGCAGUGGACCAGGUCAACGAGGAGAAGGUUGUGCGGAAGCGCUCGGGAGCCGACAGGACAGUUUAACACUGCACUGCAAACCUGCACCUUAAAUGCACAUCUACUGUAUACACACCACACUGCAAGAACAAGAAGCAGCCUGAACCACUUUGUAGCCUGCUUUUGACGCAACACUGCAAUAUUAAAAAAGAAACUAUGAAAGUAUAUUAUGAUUUGGUGAUGGUAUUCCAUUAGGACUUUUGUUUUUUUUUCAUAUACAGUAGAAAUGGACUACUAUAAAGCAUGCCAAAUGUUUAUUUACUGUACACCCCAGUGAGUCCUUGUACUAUCACACAUUGACUUUUUGCUUAGGCUUUCACUUCAUUCUGUCUUACAUGGUGCACACAACAAAUUCUUAGCCAAAUAUCUGCAUCAGUGCCUGCUGAACCAGUUUUACCAUACACGAGCUCCAUAAUGUAGUCAUGGAUAAUAGUUAUAUUUACAUAUCUCUGUCUUCUUCAUCUUCUCUGGACAUAU